AUGCAUUCUGACGAGACGACCGAUAUCGAUAUUCUCUAUUCGAAUCUGCGUCAUUGUACAAAUAAUGACAAUGAAAACGUUGUGCUGAUAAAAACUGGUGCAUUAAAUCCCAUUCACCGUAGUCACAUAUCAAAUUUAGUUCAAACUAAGCAAUAUUUGGAGCAAAUACAUCAUUUCAAUGUACUCGGUGGUUACAUAUCGCCGACACAUGACGACUACGUUCAUGGCAAGCUACACGAUGAACAGAUUCCGGCUAAGCAUAGGAUUGAAAUGUGUCAAAAAGCCAUUGAAGAAGCCAAAGAACAACAUUGGCUAAGGGUUGAUAAAGCCGAGUGUAUGGCUCAUAAAUUUGUUAGGUUUUCCAAUGUGGCCUGCAGUCUCCAGAAUUUUAUCAACGAUAAACUCAAACUUCCCAGAUACGUUAGGGUUAUUUAUGUGUCUGGUCUCGACUUGUUUAAUCGUUGUGGUGGAAUUCGUCAGCUGAGAAAAUCGAAUAUGGGUGUUGCAGUUGUCUAUCGACCUGGAGAACAUGAAAAUCUGGUGAAGACAAACGACCCAAAUCUGUUCUAUGUACCGAUUGAUGAUGAAGCAAAACUGGCCAUUCAAGAUGUUAGCUCAACAAAAAUUCGACAUAAUUUAAAAAAUAAUGUGCCGUGUGAUCAAUUGACGUACACGUCCGUUCUGGAUUACUUAAAAAUGAUCCCGAUUUCGUCACAGAAGAGACAUUCUUAG